UUCUUCCUUAAUUACAUAAUUAAAGUAAGUAAUACCUUACAGCAUGGAUGGACAAUGAUUUGACUAAGGAUGAAUGGAAUAUAUAUUGAUGGAUUUCUUAAAUUGACGAUUGAUUAUUAUUAGUAUGGCUGAUUCUGCUGCGGCCGGUAAUCGUGGACGUGGAGGUUUUGGACGUGGACGUGGACGUGGUGGACGUGGACGUGGUCGUCGUGGAGAAGAAAAGAACGAAUGGGUUCCUGUCACCAAGCUCGGUCGUCUCGUCAAGGCUAACAAGAUUAAGUCCAUUGAAGAAAUUUACCUCUUCUCUUUGCCUAUCAAGGAAUACCAAAUUGUUGACUUCUUCCUUCCCAAGCUCACUGAUCAAGUCAUGAAGAUCAUGCCUGUUCAAAAGCAAACCACUGCUGGUCAACGUACCCGUUUCAAGGCUUUCGUCGUCAUUGGUGACGAAAAUGGUCACGUUGGUCUCGGUGUCAAGUGUGCCAAGGAAGUCGCUACUGCCAUUCGUGGUGGUAUCAUCUUGGCCAAGCUCUCCAUCAUCCCUGUCCGUCGUGGUUAUUGGGGUAACAACCUUGGUGAACCUCACACUGUCCCUUGUAAGGUCAGCGGUCGUUGUGGUUCCGUUAUGGCUCGUUUGGUCCCUGCUCCUCGUGGUACCGGUAUUGUCGCCUCUCCCACUGCCAAGCGUGUCCUUCAAUUGGCCGGUAUUACCGAUUGUUAUACCACCUCUCGCGGUUCUACCCGUACCCUUGGUAACUUCAUCAAGGCUACCUUCGCUGCCAUUGGUAACACUUACGGUUUCUUGACUCCUGAUCUUUGGGAAGAAACUGAAUACCUUAAGGCCCCCUAUCAAGAAUUCUCUGAUUUCCUUGCUCAAAAGCAAAGAAAGUAAAUUUUUGAUACAGUCUAUACAUCAACUUCCAACUUAUUAUUUUGAAAUAAAUCAAAUGUUAUUUUGAAGUUAGAG